AGUUGCGACGUCAUUGCGCAUCCGAGAAACUUGUUCUCUGGUAAUCAGCACUCCGAAUCUUAAGGUUCCGUUGUGCUCGCCGCCCAUCGUUGCGGUUCCGCUAUUUAAGGAUUGCAGCGUGGCGGUUUCGCGGCCAGCUUUGAAGGAAAAGCCCUACAGGUCGUGUGUGAGGGAUGCUUCGGCCUCAGCACUCGACUGGGCGUGACAGGAAGCAGAGGCGUCGGCCCCUAUUUCUGGGGUGUCUCUAGCUACUGGACUCCGGGAUGCUUCCCUCACACUCUCGCGAGGUUUCCCAGGGAUCUGGCGUUGGAACGCAGCUUCUGAAACUCCGGGAGCUCUUUCGAGCCAUCUCAACAAACUAGGGAUCACAGAUCUCAUGAGCUGAGAUCUGGCUGCUCCAGUUGGAAGCACGCAUGCCAAACUCCUCUGGAGUCGCCGGAGGCAUCUGCUGAUCCGAGAGGAACCUUGACUGAGGGUUGUGAUCUGCCUUACGGGUCACCUCACUCAGGACUCAACGCAAGCACGUUGCAGCAGCUCCAGACCCCACUGCUACUGGAAAGUUACAGGUACCGGAACCGAGAGGAACAGUGCGGCCCAGGAACCACGGAGGAACUCUUCCCAGGAUGGUCUCCCACUCAGAGCUGAGGAAGCUCUUCUGUUCAGCAGAUGCAGUGUGCUUUGAUGUUGAUAGCACCGUCAUCAGAGAAGAAGGAAUCGAUGAACUGGCCAAAUUCUGUGGUGUGGAGGCCGCGGUGUCUGAAAUGACACGGAGAGCCAUGGGAGGAGCGUUGCCUUUCAAAGAUGCGCUCACUCAGCGCCUGGCACUGAUUCAGCCCUCCAGGGAUCAGGUACAGAGGCUCCUGGCUGAGCACCCGCCACACCUGACCCCUGGCAUAAGGGAGCUGGUAAGCCGCCUACAGGAGCGCAAUGUCCAGGUGUUCCUCAUCUCUGGGGGCUUUAGGAGUAUUGUGGAGCAUGUGGCCGCCAAGCUCAGUAUCCCAACAACUAAUGUAUUUGCCAAUCGGCUGAAAUUCUACUUUAAUGGUGAGUACGCAGGUUUUGACGAGAUGCAGCCGACAGCAGAGUCAGGUGGGAAAGGAAAGGUUAUUCGAUUUUUAAAGGAAAAAUUUCACUUUAAGAAAAUCAUCAUGAUUGGAGACGGGGCUACGGACAUGGAAGCCUGCCCUCCUGCUGAUGCCUUCAUCGGUUUUGGAGGCAAUGUGGUCAGGCAGCAGGUGAAGGACAAUGCCAAGUGGUACAUCACUGACUUUGUUGAGCUGCUGGGAGGACUGGAAGAAUGAGCUCGACUUCCCACUCACUCAGAACAACUCCACCUUCUCAAAGCUCCACAGUUAGGCUCCUGGGAGAGUCUAGGAGACAGCUGGGGUUUCUACUGUAGUUCCAAUAUUAAUAUGACUACUAAUUACAUGGAGAGUUUUAUAUUCUGAAUUCUUUGUGUAUAUUCCUACAAAUAUUCUACCUGGAGCUUUCAGAGGUGCAUAGUAAAUUAAAUGCUUUUACUCUUGCAACAUG